AUGACUGAAUUGCACUCUCAGGACCGCCCCCCCCCCCCAAAAUUGAAACAAGAUGAAAAGUGUGGGCAGCAAGAAUUAAGUGGUGGCGAUUGCAGGGAAAGAAGCAACCGUCGACACCCGCAUUCUAUUACCGGCGGUAACGACCGUCGCCGAAACUUAGAGGGGAGCAGCAUCAAGCGAAGCAAUAAACCAGGUCGCGCAGUCGGAGCUCGGCAUGACCAAGCCUGGGCGAAGGGUUGGCAAGCAAACACGGCUGUGGACGGACCACGUAAGAGAGACAGAAAGGAGGAAGAGAAGCAGUACCACAAAUUUCUUAUGAAAAAGACAGCUGACAACUCGCAGCCCUAUCAGAUAGAGAAGAAGUCCGUUGCUUCUGCGAAGGCAGCUCAUUACGCCGGUCUCAAUGAGAAACUCGAGUCUCGCAAAGGUGGGCGUAUGUCCAAGGACCCGCAAAGAUUCGCAAUCGCCAGAGCGAGGAUAUAG